UGGUUGGACGACUAGAACUGAAUUUUUCUUUGUUUGGUUGUCGACAAAAUGAAAAUGAAACAAAAUUAAUAGUGAAACCAAUGGUAAAAUGGUUUUUGUUUUUUAAUCUUCCAUUUUUAAGUUUCAUUUUCUCUAUAAUCAAACAAAGAUGUUGUUUAUUUCUUUUCACGCUAAAUGACUUUCUGUUUUCAGGAAUUUUUUUGACUAAAAAUUUGGGGAUAAUUAGCUAAAUGACAAGUAACCUUCAUUUCUAAAAAUUUAGCUACACUACCCUUUAGCUCAAUAUCUCAAAAUUUGCGUAUUAUUAUGUUUGCAGGGAUUUAAGUGGGGUUAGUGCAGUUGCUGGUAGUGAACUUUUGAGUAAAGUGGACGGUUUGAACUGGAACUGAAGGUUUUAUCUUACUUGAUUUUGAGUUUCAGCGUUUUCUUUGCAAAAUUUGAGUUUCUAUAGGAGUGUAACUAAAAUGUAUAUAUCUUAAAAAAUAUACUAAUAUCCCUAAAAUGCCCUCAUCAUAACACAAUCAAUGCCAUCAUUCUCUCUCGACUUAAUUGCAAGACGACCGAAGGCGUCCACCACCCACCCAACCCUCCCGACUACGACUGGGGCAAACCAGUUGCACGAAGUUUUCUUCAACGUCGACCACACGGCAUUCUCCGAAGGGGAUUUCAUCUGCCAUCCAUACCGUUGCCGGAGUCCUCCAUUGAAACCCGAAGGAACCCCUAAAUAUUUGAGUCUCCAUUCUCCUCCAUUUCAAGGAGCCUCAAAAAGAAAAUGACAGUUUUGAAACGGUAUGUAUUGCGGUUGUUCAUGUCCCUGAAGUACAUUACAGCGAAUGUGGUAGACAGAAACAAUGGGCGAAUCAUUGCGACGGCAUCAACAGUUGAACAUUCAAUCAAGAACUCGCUCGAGUGUGGCCGGUCUUGUAAUGCAAAGGCUGCCAUGGUUGUGGGAGAGGUGCUGGCUAUGCGGCUGAGGGUGGAAGGCCUUGACCAGGGACAAGGAAGAGGGAUUCAUGUUGAUGUAAAUAAGGAGGUAGAGAAGAAAGGUUUUAAGAACCGUACCAAAGUUUGGGCUAUUGUUAAUGCGCUUAAAAACAAUGGUGUCAAACUCGUUCUUGAAGAUAAUGUUGAAGGUGAAAAUCCAUCUGACCCAACUUUCUAAUUACUGCCUAAUUAAUUGAGUUGGCUACUUUCUCUUUCUUCUGUCUAUAUUUGUCUUUUUUUAGUGAAAAGAGUUGUAAAUGUUUUGCAUCAAAAAAAAAAAAAAAAAAGAAAAGAGUUGUGAAUGUAUUGCUCAAGUAGUAGAUAAUAUUAUAUAGGAGAGUAAAAUGAGAUGAACCAAGGUGAAUGAAUGGGCUAGUUGCUCAAUGCAAAUUAUGUACCAAAUCUUUAUGUAUGAAACCAGAAACUGCGUAAAUUUAGUUUGGACUAGUAACAAAGCUGUUAGUACUAG